UUUUAAAUGUUUCAAUUUUCCAGCCACCAUCGAUGUUGCAGCCCUUACAUUAGAGAGGAUCGAGCUUGAAAAUGCUAAAGCACGAUCAGUUGCUGGUGCGUUGACUUCCAAUCCUAAAGGUCUCGAUCACAAAGUAGAAAGUUUAACGAUUACAUUUCACGGGCGGGAAAUUGUGGUUGAUACACAGUUGGAAUUGAAUCAUGGUCGACGAUACGGGUUAAUUGGUUUGAAUGGAAGCGGUAAAUCAACGAUCAUGCACGCUAUUGUCAACCGAGAGUUGCCUAUACCUGAAAAUGUUGAUAUGUAUCUCGUAAGUAUUUCAAAUGAAAUAUAA